CAGUCGCCUCACUCCGCGCACAGCCGCAGACACGAUGUCUCCUCUGAGCGCGCGCCCGCUGCUGCUGCUGCUGCUGCUGCUUGGCUGCUUGGCUUUGCCUCUUUAUGCCGUGGAAAAGGUGAGAAAUAGAGGAUACCGAAAGGAUCCUGACGCCGACAAGUGCACUGGGAAUGACGCAGAAAAGGCCAACUGCACUAGACACUUUGGAGAAGGAAGACCUGAUCAUUUGAACAACAUGUUUCCCAGUUGCAUGCAGGGACCGACAGGCACCCCUGGCAGAGAGGGGAACCCCGGAACCAACGGCAUCCCGGGGACGCCGGGAAUCCCUGGGCGCGACGGGCUCAAAGGCGAGAAAGGCGAGUGCAUCAACGAGAUCUUCGAGGAGCCCUGGAGGCCCAACUACAAGCAGUGCGCCUGGAGCUCUCUGAAUUACGGCAUCGACCUGGGCAAGAUAGCUGACUGUACGUUCACCAAGCUGCGGUCGGACAGCUCCCUGAGGGUCCUCUUCAGCGGCUCCCUCAGACUCAAGUGUAAGAACGCAUGCUGCCAGAGGUGGUACUUCACCUUCAACGGGGCCGAGUGCACCGGACCCCUGCCCGUAGAGUCCAUCAUCUACUUGGACCAAGGAAGUCCUGAGCUCAACUCGACCAUCAACAUCCACCGGACGUCCUCGGUUGAGGGUCUGUGUGAAGGCGUCAAAUCCGGGUUGGUGGACGUGGCCGUGUGGGUUGGGACCUGCUCCGACUACCCGAGGGGGGACGCGUCUACCGGCUGGAAUUCAGUGUCCAGGAUUAUCGUCGAGGAGCUGCCCAAAUAAGAUAAAAGGUUGCAUGUGUGCCAGCGGUGUGUUGUUUGGUCCUCGUAAACCAUCAGGUACGGUUUGCUGAGGCGUCACUGAAGGGAACUUUUCAAAUCGCCUAGAUUAACGUGUUAAACUUUGUACUGUAGCUUUUUUUACUGCUUAUGGACGCUGCUGUUUGUACACAGUAACCAUGUAAAAGACAUUGUGACAAGACAUGUAACUAUGUACUCAUGUGACAUGUUUAUAUUCAUUAGUACUGUUAAUAAAGUCAUCUCUACCUGU